GGGAAGGGGAGGGGAGGGGUGGGGGAGGGGAAUCGGGAGCAAGGUGUCUCCCCAGCUCUCUGCCUCUGGCAAGUGGAGUUUUUAAAAAGCUCGAGCAGAUCAUGUCAUGACGACUUCGCUGCUCCUGCAUCCGCGCUGGCCGGAGAGCCUUAUGUACGUCUAUGAGGACAGCGCGGCGGAGAGCGGCGGCGGUGGGGGAGGCGGCGGCGCCGGCGGCGCAGGGGGCGGCUGCAGCGGCGCGAGCCCCGGCAAAGCCCCCAGCAUGGACGGGCUGGGCAGUAGCUGCCCGGCCAGCCACUGCCGCGACCUGCUUCCGCACCCCGUGCUGGGGCGCCCGCCGGCUCCCCUGGGCGCCCCUCAGGGAGCCGUCUACACGGACAUCCCGGCCCCCGAGGCGGCGCGCCAGUGCGCCCCGCCACCGGCGCCCCCCACUUCUUCCAGCGCCACCCUGGGCUAUGGCUACCCGUUCGGGGGCAGCUACUACGGCUGCCGCCUGUCACACAACGUGAACCUGCAGCAGAAGCCUUGCGCCUACCAUCCGGGCGACAAGUACCCGGAGCCGUCGGGCGCCCUGCCCGGGGACGACCUGUCCUCCAGGGCCAAGGAGUUCGCCUUCUAUCCCAGCUUCGCCAGCUCCUACCAGGCGAUGCCCGGCUACCUGGACGUGUCGGUGGUGCCAGGGAUCAGCGGGCACCCGGAGCCCCGCCACGACGCACUCAUCCCCGUCGAAGGCUACCAGCACUGGGCGCUCUCCAACGGCUGGGACAGUCAGGUGUACUGCUCCAAGGAGCAGUCUCAGUCCGCCCACCUCUGGAAGUCUCCCUUCCCAGACGUGGUGCCCCUGCAGCCAGAGGUGAGCAGCUACCGGCGUGGGCGCAAGAAACGUGUGCCCUACACCAAGGUGCAGCUGAAGGAGCUAGAAAAGGAGUACGCGGCCAGCAAGUUCAUCACCAAAGAGAAGCGCCGGCGCAUCUCGGCCACUACAAAUCUCUCCGAACGCCAAGUCACCAUCUGGUUCCAGAACCGAAGGGUCAAAGAGAAGAAGGUGGUCAGCAAAUCAUCGAAAGCGCCUCAUCUCCACUCUACCUGA